UUAGUUAUUAUUAUCCUUAUUGUUAAUUCACAGGGGUUCUAAAAGUGAUUCAUAUAUCUUGCAACUAAGCAAUUUAUUUUUGUUAUUUUUCUAUUAUUAUUAUUAUUAUUAUUAUUAUUAUUAACUAUUAUUAUUAUAAUAACUAUUAGUAUUAUUAUUAUUAUUAUUAGUUAUUAAUAAUAGUAUUAUUAAUAAUAAUAUUAUAUUAUUUAUUAUUAUUAGGCAAAAUUGCAAAAAAAAAAAAAAAAAAAGGCUGAAUUAUUGGUUAGUUGCAAGAUGGCCCUUGAAGGGUAUUAUGGGUAUUAUAUAUUUAUGAUAUUUUAUAAUUUUUAUAUAAAUUAAUAAGUGGGGAUAUUUUGAUAAUUUUGAUAAUUUGAGGACGGAAAAAUGUGGUCCGGUAAUCAAAAGGGUUCUUUUUGAAAUACUUUAUAUAGAUGAAGGGUUGAUGUUAUCUUUCACUUUUGUAAUAGUGUAAGGUUUUUUUUUUUUUUGUGUGGCACUUUUUCCUUUAUUUAUAGACGACAAACAAAGAAUAAGGAGACUGGAACUCGUUUAUAGAUUGCUUUGACGCGCGGUACCCGAUUGUGAUUCUUGAGCCACUCGAGCAGCCGCUUUACACCACCAAAUUAUGGUUUUUAUAUAUAUAUAUAUAUAUAUAUAUAUAUUCACUUAACAAAAAAAAAUAGAUACCGACAGAGAGUAAAAGUAGGUAAAACAGUGAAUUGAGAGAGACAAGCGGAGAGUGUGUAAACAACACCCCACACCACCACACCACAAUGUGCCCAACAAACUAUUGACUACACAUAACCCUAAUGCCCCGAUAAAACCAUUAUUUUAAUAACUAACGGGUGAACAUUAUUUAAUUAACUUCAUGGGUUAUAUGUUACAAUGUUUAUACACUUCACUUUUUAUUAAAUAUUCUGUGCCAAUGAAUGAUAAUUAUUAUUAUUUUUAUUUAUAAUAAAUAUGGUAUCGACUGGUUGCUUUCCAUUUAGUUGUACGGACAAAGUUCUGCUGUAAAUAAAAAUUUCCAGGCUUAAUUAAGAGAGCUGCUAGCAUAGCAUAGCAUUGCAUAUAUAGUAGGAGGAAAAUGGUGGAUGUGGUGGGGUUGAAGGGAAGUGCCUGUCGAAUAAGGAAGUGUGCGUUUGAUCUGUUGUCAAUUGGAGGUGAUCUUGUUGUGAUGGAUGAUAAUGGCUCGGGCUCGGGCUCAUCAUGGGAUUUGAUGGGAAGGGAUCUACGCCUCAAAUCAACCUUGCUGUAUUGCGAUUUCAAUCAUAUCAUCUCUGCUUCCCCACACCAACAUCACAAGAACACUCUCACUCAACUUGCCAACAAAUUGUUUCGCUCCAUUGAAGAGUUGGAUGAUGCGGUGAAAAUUCGAAGCGUUUCUUUGAGCCACGAUCGAUACAACGAGGCUGCUGUCAUUUUGCAUGAGGUGAUGGCAUUCAUGUCUUCAGAUGUUGCUUGCGAUGCUCAACCAUCGCCGUCGCCAUCGGCUUCGGCUGCUGUAUGAAUGCAAAUGCCGCCUCUUUUCUUAUGGUGUACAUAAACCAUAUAUUUUACGUAGCUUAAUACUCUUUUUCUUA